AUGGAAGAUUCGCUUGAAUUUCACAGUAAAACCUACGAUGAACUUAAAACUGCAACGGAUAACUUACUUAAGAAUUUCAAAGAAAUGGAAACUGACCUGAAAUCUAAGCAAGAUAAAAUGGUGAACAUUGAAGCUGAAAUGCUGCGAAUGGAAAGACAUUCUAGAAGCUAUAAUCUCCGAUUUGGAGGAAUUGAAGAGAGAGAAAGCGAAGAUCCAAAGCAACUUGUUCUGGAUAUAUUAAAACAUGACCUUAAUUUAGAUGAGAUAACGAUUGAAAAUGCACACCGAACCGGUAAAAUAAAGAAAGGUGAGAUUCAACGCCCAAGACACAUCAUCGUGAAAUUCGUCUUCAGGACACAAAGAACCAUCGUGAUCCGCAAAGCCAAGGCCAUGAAGGUAAAAACUUUUUACGUUAUGGAGGAUUUGCCGGCUGCUGACAUACAGAAAAAGAACGAACUUAAAGAUGUAAUGUCCAAAGCUUUCAAAGAAGGAAAACGACCAUUGUUUAGAAAUGGAAAUCUUUAUAUCAAUGGGAAACUCUAUAUUAAAUGA